AUGCUCAGAAAACCAAGUGAACAUAAACUCCUCGCUGCGAUGGCGCUUUCGGUCGCCUGCAGAGUUGGCGCCGACAUGCAGUUGAUACAGGUUGUCAUGCAGCCUUUCGCGAGCUGCCGCACCGUGGUCGCGGGCGACCCGUGCUACGAGAAAGUGACGUGGGCGAUGCAGAAGGGGGUUGCAAAACACCCGGAUUGGUAUCUCCCGUUGACACCAAAUUCGAGUUUUGAGGAUUUCCAGCGGCAUUUGCACAGCACGGCAAGGUUGUCCGACGUGUGCCCUGAGCCUUGCCCAGCAGGCAUGGGAGCAGACGGUUGCCACACAUCCGUCCAGGGCGACGCGUGCUACGAGAAAGUGUUGUGGGCGAUGAAAACAGGCGUCGAGAAGCACCCUGACUGGUAUCGGAACUUGAGCAAGGACUCUAGUUUUGAGGACUUCCAGCUGCACUUGCACAGCUCAGCCAGGCUGUCCUCUGUCUGCCCCAAGCCAUGCUCCGCACCAGAGGCGGCAACGUCACGGACUUCAGCAGAGACCGACGGCUUCACGGAUUUCAACGGCCGCCCGGCGGAGACGCCGGAGCCGACGAUGGAGCCGGGGGUUCCAUGUCUUUGCAAUAGCACUGACCCGUGCCCCGCGUUCGCAUACUUUGACUUCGACGGUAGCGGCUGUCUUUCGGAUGCAGAGGCCGCCCUGGUGGACGAAAUGGUUGCGCCUUAUGAUCAGUAUGACCUCGACGGAGACGGCUGCAUCAACGAGACGGAGGCAAUUUGCGGUAAUCCGAGCACUGUUGACAGUUGUGAUUGUGGACAGUAUAUGGCGCCUGGCACGACCGUUUGCCAAUCAUGCAGCGGGGAAACAAGGCGUCGUCGCACGUCUGAGUGCGACGGAUGCGCCACUGGCAAAUUCGCCGUUGCUGGUUGCGAUGAAUGUAUGGAGGAUGAUGCCAUGUACCUCACCGCGGGUGCAAAUGUGAGCGACACCAGGAUCUAUGUCAACAAGGACACAGAUUUGGGCGGAUUCGCCUUGACCUUUGGGGAUUCAAUUACGAUUUCUAAGUGCUGCUGUGAAAGUGCAAGCGACCACGGCACGUUUGUCAUCACAGGCGCCGCGCCCACCACCCCGGCCCUGUCCUUCGACAUUCCAGCAUUAACUAUGGAUUUCAGCCAGUUCGACCGUGUUACCAAGACCUGCUCUUCGACCGAUGGAGUUGGCUAUCCAAGCUCUUUCCCGUGCGGGUGUGGCUCCGAAGUUUGCGGCGAGUCGACGAAGUGCGACAUCAGUGGCAAUGGUGGGUGCGGAGCCUGCAUCCCCACCGUCUUGCCGACACCAGCCCCCACAGUGUCUGCCAGGGGCGACCCGCACCUGGUCAACCUGGCCGGGGAGCACUUUGACGUCAACCAUGGGGGCGAGUUCACUCUGCUGAGGAUCCCGCAAGCCACCACAAAGCCCGUGGAGAUGGAGCUAAAGGCCUCCAUCCUCCCUGAGCACGGGAAGCCGUGCACUACGUACAUCACGGAGGUUGAGGCCUCAGGUGCUUGGCUCGGCGGCAAGGUCGUGCAGGUGCGUUCCUACCUCAGGUCGCACGCCACGAAUGAGACCGACAAGUUUCUGGGCCUCCGGGUGCUGAGUGAGGGCGCGCCGGCCGAGGCCACGUGGGAGAGGCUCACGCAGUGGACCGAACAGCCCUACGUCCUCUCAGAGCCUCAGGGAGCGAAGGGCUUCCGCGUGACCUUGUCCACGUCUCACUGGCACAGCAAGAAGGGCGGUGGGGAGGACGUGCCGACCGUGGCAGGGCAGGUCGAGAUCCAACUGCAGAGCAAGUGGUUGAAUAGUACCGCGGUUCUCAUCUUACGUCAGGACCUGCCCAGGCAGGAGCAUUUGAACCUGGCCAUGAGGCGCCUGAGCGCGCUCGGUCGCGCCGACGUCGGUGGCCUGCUCGGGUUCGACGCGCACCCCGAGUCCCUGGAGGAUGUCACGCCUGAGUGCCAGCGCCACAGGGAUGGGCUCGACAAGGACAUGGGCCCCCACUCCAAGCCCGCCUGGAAGAGCCGCUGGGAGAAGAUUAAGUCGCAGCGGUUCAAGCACGACGAUAACGAGGCGGUUGCUAGCCUCCUCGGUGGCAGGGAUAUGAUGUGCGUGUGCCCCAACGCUCACGCAGGCCUCGCUGAUGGCGUGAUCGACGACGGGGCCGUGGAGGGUGUCAUGGUGGAGUUCCAGACCGGCAGGCUCGCCGAGGCGACGUGGGAUUGA